UAUGAGGCGAUAGCACGCGCACGUUGUUUUCUUUGAAUAUUAGGAAAAUAUAAUAUGAAUUUACCAGCGAAAAUGGACGUGGAAAAGGAUACGCUUCGCCAGAUGCACUGCGAAUUUAAUCCGUUGUCGCGUUGCGACGGAUCCGUGAUGUACAGCCAAGGUGCUACAGGUCUCAUAGGCGCAGUUCUCGGCCCCAUCGAGGUGAAGACCCAAAACCUGAGCAUAGAUGGCAGCUACUUGGAGUGUAACUACCGACCAAAAGCGGGCUUGCCGCAGGUUAUCGAUCGGAUUCGGGAGGCGGCAAUUCGAGAUGUGCUGGAACUGGCCCUCCUAUCGGAGGCUCAUCCGCGCUCAAAGAUGUCCGUGCAGAUCCAGGAGCUGGAGGAUCGUGGCAGUAUUGAUGCCUGUGCCGUGAAUUGCGCCUGCCUAGCCAUGCUCAUCGGAGGCCUGCCCUUGAAGUACAGCUUUGCGGCUGUCCACGCCAUCAUCAACGAGCAGGGCGAGUAUGUGCUUGAUCCAGACCAAAGUGAAACCCAACACCAGCGCGCCAGUUUCACAUUCGCCUUUGAUUCUGUGGAAGGAAACCUUCUGUUGGUCCGGACUAAGGGCUCUUUCAAAAUAGCCCAGUUCAAUGACAUUGAGUGCCUAUGCCGGGCUGCCAGUGCCGAGAUCUUUCAGUUCUAUCGCAGCCAGGUUGCAAAGUAUCAUGGCAGGAGUGAGGCGACGGCUAAGAAUGAGACGUAAUGUUAAAACAACUGAAACUACGAUUAAAGCUCAUUUUAUUGUAUUAA